AUGUCGCUAGAGAAGCAUAUAGAGAAAGUGCUUUUUAGCGCCGAAGUAAUCGCGAAUCGGGUGGGCCAACUUGGAUCCGAGAUUACUUCUGAUUUCUCCGGUGAAUCGGAGUCGCCUGUUUUCGUCGGUGUAGCCACCGGUGCUUGCCUCUUCUUGGCUGACCUCGUAAGGCGAAUCGAUGUACCCAUCUCUAUCGAUUUCAUCAGAGUUGAGUCUUACGGCUCUGGUACUGUCUCUAGUGGAGCUCCCAGAAUUUCAUUUGACUUGAAGCUGGACGUCACGAACAAGCACGUUAUCUUGGUCGAGGACAUUGUGGAUACUGGCAAUACACUCAGCUGCCUAAUCGAGCACCUGAAAUCGAAAAAGGCAUCGUCUGUUUCAGUCUGCACGCUACUCGACAAGCCAUCGAGAAGAAAGGUUCAUUUCAAGCUGGUUGGAAUUGGGAAGUUCUACAGUGGAUUUGAGUGUCCAGAUGACUUCGUCGUGGGCUAUGGCAUGGACUUUGCAGAGCAAUACCGCAACCUAUCUUACAUUGGCGUAUUGAAGCCUGAAUUUUACAUGUGA